GCAUUCUGUGCCUGUGCGGAGGGUAAGUUAAGCGAUCAUGAGGGACAAAAUGUUGGGGGUGGACGGAGUCACGACGCACGACGCAACGCGGUUCGUCAUGACCCUGAAGUGAUUCGCGCAGGGAUUUCUUUGCUGACGUGAUUUUUUCGGCAAGGCUGGUGUUGCAUAUUUACAGACAGCUCUGGAUGUUUUUCUCCACAUCAACACUUGAUUUUUUUUCUCCUCUGUGUUUGUUUGUGCUUUUCUUUGUGUCUGAAAAGGUGUAAGGUAACCUUAAAACAGUUCCUGAAUUCAGAACUUCCUCAUAGCUACUCCUCUGUUUUUUAAUGCUUUUAGAGAGCGCCUGCGCCAACUGAAAAAAAAGCGCUUUUUUUGCGGAUUUUUAUGCGCACACUCUGCUCCAUGCCUCCUGCACCUGUGGACUCUCUUUGUGUUUCGUGUCUUUGACGCUCUCCCCCGCCGCACGGAGCGGUGAGUCGGAUGCGCGGCUGCGUCUGCAGGCGCGCAGAGAGCUCUCUGCUCACAUUCAGCACCACAGCGGCCGUGGACAGCUCCGUGUGGAUGGGCUCUGCGUCUGCUGCCCGCGUCUCCUGCAGCUCCUAACCACCGGCGACAAAUGGCUUCACACGGCUUCUGGUCCCUCGGCGGGGAUAAUGCGGGGGCCAACACCGGGAGCCAGAGCCCCAGUACCACAAGGGCUUGGUGCCAAGCAGCUGCCCAGAAAUUACCCGGAGGGUUUGGAUCAAAAUUAUGUGCGCUGCUGAAUGUCGGGGAGGUGGAGAAACCCGCCGAGCCGGCAGCCAAGCAGCCGCCGCAGCCCGCCGCGGGGAGCUGCGGCUGCAACAAAGCCUGCACCUGCACCAAAGGCGUGGAUGUGGGCUUCUCAGACCUCUAUUCAACAGACCUGCUGCCUGCAACGGACGGAGACACAAAAACGAUGACCUUCCUGCAGGAGGUCGUGGAUAUUUUACUGGCCUACAUAGUCGAGUCCUUCGACCGGGAAACUAAAGUGAUCGAUUUUCAUUAUCCCAACGAGCUGCUGCAGCUCAACAACUGGGAGCUGCAGGAUGAGCCGGCCACACUGGAUGACAUCUUGAUCAGCUGCCGCGCGACUCUCAAAUACGCCAUCAAAACUGCCCACCCCAGGUACUUCAAUCAGCUCUCCACAGGAUUAGACAUGGUCGGACUGGCAGCCGAUUGGCUGACAUCCACGGCCAACACCAACAUGUUCACCUAUGAGGUGGCUCCCGUGUUCGUGCUGCUGGAGUACGUCAGCUUGAAGAAGAUGAGGGAGAUCAUUGGCUGGCCAGACGGGCGAGGAGACGGCAUUUUCUCACCUGGUGGUGCUAUUUCUAACAUGUAUGCUAUGCUGCUGGCCCGCUUUAAGAUGUUCCCUGAAGUGAAGGAGAAAGGAAUGUCAUCUGUCCCCAGACUGGUGGCCUUCACAUCCGAACAUAGCCAUUUUUCCAUCAAGAAAGGAGCGGCGGCUCUUGGCAUUGGGACUGAAAGCGUGAUCUGCAUAAAGGUUGAUGAAUGCGGUAAACUGAUCCCCGCCGACCUUGAGAGGAGAAUACUGGAGGCAAAACAGAAGGGGUUCGUACCUUUCUUUGUGAGCGCAACAGCUGGGACAACAGUGUAUGGAGCCUUCGACCCCCUCAUCGCCAUCUCCGACAUCUGCAAAAAGUACAACGUCUGGUUUCAUGUGGAUGGAGCGUGGGGAGGGAGUCUUCUCAUGUCCAGGAGACACAGGUGGAAACUGGACGGUGUGGAGAGGGCCAACUCUGUGACCUGGAACCCACACAAAAUGAUGUCCGUCCCUCUGCAGUGUUCUGCUCUCCUUGUCAGAGAGGAGGGUUUGAUGCAGAGCUGCAACCAGAUGCACGCCUGCUACCUCUUCCAGCAGGACAAACACUACGACCUCUCCUACGACACUGGGGACAAAGCGCUGCAGUGUGGACGCCAUGUGGACAUCUUUAAGCUGUGGCUCAUGUGGAGAGCUAAGGGCACUAUUGGCUUCGAAGCUCAAAUUGACAAGUGCUUGGAGCUGUCUGAGUACCUGUACAACAAGAUCAAAGACAGAGAAGGAUACGAGAUGGUCUUCGAUGGGAAACCUCAACACACCAACGUCUGCUUCUGGUACCUCCCCCCUGGGAUCCGCUACAUGGAGGACAAAGAGGAGAAGAAGAAGCGCUUACACAAGGUUGCUCCAGUCAUAAAAGCUCGCAUGAUGGAGUAUGGCACAACUAUGGUCAGCUACCAGCCGCAAGGGGACAAGGUGAACUUCUUCCGCAUGGUGAUCUCCAACCCCGCUGCCACCUUUGAGGACAUCGACUUCCUCAUCGAGGAAAUCGAGCGACUCGGCCACGAUCUAUAAGACUCCUCUCUCCAGGUCCUCCUGUACUUUCCCUGUUGAUGGCUGAAAUGUUUGUCAUGAAUGUACCGGUAACCAUUUUCUUUUCUCUCUUUUUCCUGUAAAAUCUCAUAUUUAAGAGUAUAUUUAAGAAAAAAAAUCUACAAAUAUAUUAAUAUAUUAUGUACUGCAGCUUUUUCUGUGGACUGACUUGGUCCAGCGCUAUGUAAAAGUGCUUCUGUCCGCCUUUCUUAUGGUGUAGUCGCCGCGAGAUUAGUGUGAUAAACGUGACUUUAUAUGUACUUUUUGUGCUAUGAAAUGCUUGUGCAAUAAGUUGAUGAGGAAGAUCUGGCUUUUUUGGAUCAUUUCUCAUUCACAGACUUUGUUGUUAAGUGCCAAAUGUUGUGUUGUAACAUUUUCAAUUUUAAAGAACAAAAAAAAAGCACUUAAAUUUACCUCAGCUUAAUUAACUGCCCGUCCAACUGAGCAUAGAGUCCAGUCCAUAGAGCUGUUUAAAUGACUUUUUAACAUUUAGAGUUAACCUGAUAACACUGCUCUGCAUAUGGGCUAUUUCUCUCGGUGGAUCAAAGAAAACACAAGUUCUCUAAACUGCCAAAAUACCCAAACAAGCCAGCAGGUGGCGAUAAUGUCAACAUGAAUUACCUUUAAAAAUGCACAAAAAAAAAAUAAUUCAGUCAAUAUUAAAGCAUAGUUAAUAAUUCCAACACAAUUGCUGCCCCCUUUUUAUGUCAAAAUUUUUAUGAGUUACUCAGUGGAUCCAAGAAGGUGAAGGUCGUUUGACUCUUUAUGAUUUUGCAGUUUAGGUUGUUUUGGUACAGUAGCUGCCUGGCAUAAAUCAAUUCAUUUAGCUUUGACAACUAAUGAUUAUAUCUGAAUUUCUUUAAUCUACUCAUAGUGUGCUAUAAAAACAACUGCAAUAAAUAUCUACCAGCAGGGUCUAUCGAAGUUAUUGCACUUUGAAUAGCUGUCAUAAUAUUCUAUUAACACUCAACUGGCACAAAUGGAAAUUAGAGAAGCAAUGAACUGAACCUCAGUGCAAUAUAAUAUACACAUAAUAGCAUACAGCAAAAAUGUAAUAACCUUUAUUAAUAUUUUUGAGAUUAUUUAUAUCCAUAAUGGACCAAAUUAUUCAGUUACCUGGAAAAAUAUAUGCACCGAUUAGGGGAUAUGAGAUGGAAGUAGGUUGGGAUGAAAUGUGGUCAAAACGUUAUCAAAAAUGUAUCUAAGUUUUUAUUUUCAGAUAUAUAUAUAAAAAAAA